CUUUAAGCGUUUACCCAGUACUGGCAUCGACAAAAACAGGAAACGGGACGAAAGAACUCAAAAAUCUGCAAGCUGAGCUAUCAAUCCGCCGCCAAUUAAUCAAUCAAUCAAUCAGAGAUUGAAUCUGAAAGAGGAAAACAAGGAAAACUCGCUUACCGCAUCAGAGACCUAUGAGAGUUAUGAGAGAGAAAGACCACUCACCAAGAAAGAUGCUUCCUAGCCCGAAACAGGGCUGCGUAUACCCUGCCUUAGGAUUAAUACCCACUUCAUAUAUAUCACAUGUACCUUACGAUCUGGCCUCCCCGACGGUGGCGUCCACCUCGUCCUCCUCGUCUUCGUCGUCGACCUCGCCAACAACAACCUCUGCGGCGUUCACGGCGAGGCUGCAGCAACAACAGCUACAUCAGGCCCACCAGCAGCUACACACCCUAAACCACAAUGCCAAGGGAAAGAGAAGAUGCAGCUUGGAUCAGCCGCUCGAUCUGCGAUUGGCCCACAAACGGAAGCCGGACUUGGGCGACCAGGAGCCCUUGGAGGACGAGAACAGCAACCUGAUUAUGUUCACUGGUGAGCUGGCGCAGGUCCAGCAGAAAGAAAAGGAGCUCAACAACAACCACAUAGCAGCUUCGCUGGCGGACUUGGGAUUCGAUAUGAGUAGGAAAAUGUUGAGGGCUCUGAGGGAGGGGGGAGGUGCUGCCGCUGGUGUUCAAAGCGCGCCCGUAGGUCCUGUGUCGGGAGCUUCAGCUCUGACUGGGCCGCCAUGUUCGAUGCCCGCAGUUCAUCCCACUCUUCUAGAGGCUAUGACCAAGAAUUUGCCUUUGCAGUACCGCAACGUAUUUGCAGGCGUUUUGCCCGGAAAAGUAACCAGUCCGUCGGUGUCAUUAAGUAGUCCGACUGGUUCGGACUUUCAUUUCAGGCAUCCGCUGAAAAAGUGCGAGCUCACCUGGCCGCCACCCACGGAGCAACUACAGCUGGAACUGCCCAGCUCGAAUCCUAAACUUUCACCACCCAUGUUACCGCAUCCUCAGCUUCAGGAUUACCAAGCCCGGAGGAAAAACAAGGCUGCGGCUGGAGCGAAGCCGGGAAGCAAUCCUGCUGGAACGGGCAACAUCCCGCAGCGCAACAAGGAUCGCUACACGUGCAAGUUCUGCGGCAAGGUGUUUCCUCGAUCGGCGAAUCUGACGCGGCACUUGCGGACACACACGGGCGAACAACCUUACAAGUGCAAAUACUGCGAACGUUCCUUUAGCAUUUCUUCGAACCUGCAACGUCACGUACGAAACAUCCACAACAAGGAGCGUCCUUUCAAGUGCGAGAUCUGCGAGCGUUGCUUUGGCCAGCAAACCAACCUGGACAGACACCUUAAAAAACACGAGUCCGACGCCGUAUCCUUGAGUGCCCUAUCCGGGGUGAGCGAACGAAUGCACUGCAUCCGUAGGUUCUGCGAGAACCCCACAGAAGAGUCCUAUUUCGAGGAGAUACGCAGCUUUAUGGGCAAGGUUACUCAGCAGCAGCAACAGCAACAGCAGCAACAUGACCACGACCAGAUGCAGCACCACCACCAACUGCAGUUGCAACCACACCAGUCAACAGCCACUUCAGCGGCCAGCUCGUGUUCUUCCUCCCGUGACACGCCCACUUCUUCGCAGGCGGACGAGACAGAUAAUGCGGUGGGCACCUCUGCCGCCGAUACUGGAGCUAUCAAAGAGCCGGGGGAGGAGGAGGAUACCGAGCCUCUUUUGGACCGGAAACGAACCCUGACCACCAAGCUUUUAAGCAAAAACACAACCACGCCAGAAAAAUCUAUUAAAGAAGAGGAACCCUAAUUUCAACAACAAUUUCCUAUUAAAGAAACUUAACGGAUAAUACGAAGAGUUAUACUCGUGAACUAUGUCUAAAACCUAGCUGAGGACCAGAUCCCUAACUAUUUCUAAAACCUAGCUGUAAAUAUAUACUUAAACCUUGAAUGUUCUACCGCUAUUUUGUAAAUCUAAUUGUACAAAUCGAAAAUUGGCUACCCAUUUACAAAUAUAUAAGCACUUUGGCUCAUAUAUAUAGAUAUUUCCUAAGCAUUGGUAUUUUUUGUAUAUAUAAAUCGUGACAGGACAAGAAAUGUAUGUAUAAACACAAAACAAAACGCACCCA